AUGCCGAGCCCAUAUCUGACGAGAGCUGCUCUCCGGAGCCCGUUGCUCUCCCAGCAAACCCGCCUGUUCACCUCGUCCGCCCGCCUUCUCCUCCCGGCCAGCUUCGCCGGAUCACUACCUUCAUAUUUCCAAAAACCUCGACUCCCGGCAAAUACAGUCGUUCGCUUUGUCCCUCAGCAGACGGCAUGGAUUGUCGAGCGCAUGGGCAAAUUCAACCGCAUCCUCGAACCAGGCCUGGCUCUCCUCAUACCCUUCAUUGAUCGCAUCGCCUACGUCAAGAGCCUCAAGGAAGCUGCCAUCGAGAUUCCCAGCCAGAGUGCCAUCACUGCCGACAACGUGACUCUCGAACUCGAUGGUGUUCUCUAUACCCGAGUCUUCGACGCUUACAAAGCCAGUUAUGGCGUCGAAGAUGCGGAAUAUGCCAUCUCCCAACUUGCCCAGACCACCAUGCGGUCCGAGAUCGGUCAGCUUACCCUUGACCACGUGCUAAAGGAACGCGCAGCCCUCAACACCAACAUCACUGCUGCCAUCAACGAUGCUGCCGAGGCGUGGGGACUUACAUGCUUAAGAUAUGAAAUACGGGACAUCCAUGCCCCUGGGCCCGUAGUCGAGGCCAUGCACCGACAGGUCACGGCUGAGCGAUCCAAGCGAGCAGAAAUUCUCGACUCCGAGGGUCAGCGCCAGAGCGCCAUCAAUAUCGCAGAGGGUAAGAAGCAAAGUGUCAUUCUUGCUUCUGAAGCCUUGCGUGCCGAGCGCAUCAACGAGGCGGAUGGUGAGGCCGAGGCAAUUCUUCUCAAGGCUCGCGCCACCGCCGAGGGUAUCCAAGCCGUCUCCAAGGCCAUUCUCGAUGGCCGAGAAGGCGCCAAGGGUGCCAUCAGCUUAACUGUGGCCGAGAAAUACGUAGAGGCAUUCGGCAAUUUGGCCAGGGAGGGCACUGCCGUCGUUGUCCCUGGCAAUGUUGGUGAUAUUGGCGGCAUGAUCGCCACUGGGUUGAGCGUGUAUGGAAAGGUCGGCGAAGCCCAAGCAAAGACUAUGGCCAAGAAUGUCAUGGACACAUCUUCUUCCACAGAACGCAGCGACAAGAAGAAGGAAAUCGAACAGCCUAGACCAGAGCGAGAGCCUGCGACCAUGCGAAAGGAUGCGGUGAGGGAGAGCAUGUUGGACGGCUUCGACCAAACAGCCGCUGGAAAAUGA